UGUUAACAGCGGAGGACUAGAGCAAGUGGAUUGGAAGAACAGAGCGACUAAGCUUAACUGUGAGGGGGACCUCUUUGCUCUACGACAUCUGUCACGGCAUACACGCGUCCAGAGAAGCCCAGAAAAUGGUGAAAAGUCUUUGCAAUGAGCCAACAGUAGCCCCAACCGUUGAAUACGAUAGGCCGUGACAUCCAUGAAACAGAGACUUGUACAGUGUCACUCUCGAUUGUGUGAGUUCAUAGCUAAUCAGCAGCAGUGCCGGGUCCAGAGAGGAGUCACAGCAUGGACCUUAGAUUCAGACUGCUGUCCCCUCUCACCAGGGGAGCUCUUCAUCUCCUGCUGCUGGCCAGACUGGUGCUGCCUUCUCACUCAGAAAGCAUGCCCAGCUUCAUUAAGUCACCGGAUGAUCAGACAGGGAUCUCAGGAGGAGUGGCGUCAUUCGUAUGCCAGGCAAUGGGUGAGCCCAAACCUCGCAUUACCUGGAUGAAGAAGGGGAAGAAAGUCAGCUCUCAGCGCUUUGAGGUCAUUGAGUUUGAUGAUGGUUCAGGCUCUGUGCUGCGUAUCCAGCCUUUGAGGACUCACCGUGAUGAGGCCAUCUAUGAAUGCACAGCUACCAAUAGUGCUGGAGAGAUCAACACCAGUGCCAAGCUCACUGUGUUAGAGGAGGACCAGAUCCCUCAUGGUUUCCCUACCAUAGACAUGGGGCCCCAGCUUAAGGUCGUGGAGAGAACACGUACUGCUACAAUGCUGUGUGCAGCCAGUGGUAACCCUGACCCAGAGAUCUACUGGUUCAAAGACUUUCUACCUGUGGACAUCAGCAGCAGCAAUGGACGCAUAAAACAGCUGCGUUCAGGUGGUACACCAAUCAGAGGAGCACUUCAGAUUGAGAACAGUGAGGAGGCAGACCAGGGCAAGUACGAGUGUGUGGCAGUCAACAGCGCUGGGACUCGCUACUCUGCUCCAGCUAACCUUUAUGUUCGAGAUCAACGGGAAGUUCGUCGUGUGCCUCCCCGUUUCUCCAUCCCUCCCACCAAUCACGAUGUAAUGCCUGGAGGCAGUGUCAAUCUGACCUGUGUGGCAGUCGGUGCUCCCAUGCCUUUUGUCAAGUGGAUGAUCGGUGAGGUGGAGCUGACCCGAGAGGAGGAGAUGCCUAUUGGCCGCAAUGUCCUGGAGCUCACCAACAUCCAACAGUCUGCCAACUACACUUGUGUGGCCAUAUCCUCCUUGGGCAUGAUUGAGACCACGGCCCAGAUAACUGUCAAAGCUCUGCCAAAGCCACCUACCUCCCUCAUUGUGACAGAAACUACAGCAACCAGUGUCACCCUGACCUGGGACUCUGGUAAUCCUGAAUCGGUGUCCUACUAUGUAAUUCAGUACCGCCCCAAACUGUCUGAAAACGGCUUCCAGGAAGUAGAUGGAGUAGCCACCACCCGAUACAGCAUCGGUGGUCUUAGCCCCUUUUCUGAAUACGAAUUUCGCGUAAUGGCUGUCAACAACGUCGGCCGGGGGCCUCCCAGUGGUAUUGUGGACACUCGUACAAGUGAGCAAGCACCCUCAUCCCCUCCUCUUCACGUCCAGGCACGCAUGCUGAGUUCUAGCACCAUGCUGGUUCAGUGGGAACCUCCAGAGGAGCCCAACGGCCAAAUCCGGGGCUACAGAGUCUACUACAGCUCCACGCAAAACAACCCACUCAGCGCCUGGCAGAAACACAACACAGAUAACAGCCAGCUCACCACCAUUUCAGGCCUGACCACAGAUAUCACAUACAGCCUGAGAGUACUGGGCUUUACUUCAGUGGGAGACGGACCUCCCUCUGAUGUUGUGCAGAUCAAGACCCAGCAGGGAGUUCCAGCUCAGCCAUCUGGGUUCGAGGCUGAGGCAGAACUGGAUUCACGCAUCAUGCUUUCAUGGCUUUGGCCAGUUCAGGAGCCCAUCGUUGGCUUCGAACUUCUUUAUUGGGAGGCCAACAACCCUACAGACAAGCAUCGCGUCACUUUCGAGCCAGCAGGUUUCUACGCAAUUGAUGGUCUGAAGCCGGACACAGUCUAUAUGUUUUCCAUGGCAGCACGAUCUGAGAUGGGUUUAGGAGUCUUUACUCAGCCAAUUGAGACCAGAACUGCCCAAUCCACCCCUUCAGCCCCUCCUCAGGAGGUACAAUCGCUCAGCCUCAGCUCCACAAGCAUCAAGGUGAGUUGGGAGGCACCUCCCACAGACAGCCGCCAUGCGGAGAUAGUGCGCUACUCUCUAGCCUACCAAGCAGUCACAGGGGAGGACAUGGAGUACCACCAGGUGUCAGGGAUUGGUGCUGAUGCCACCAGUUACGUGCUAGAGGGCCUGGAGAAGUGGACUGAGUAUAUGGUGUGGGUGAGGGCUCAUACUGACGUUGGGCCCGGCCCAGAGAGCCCAGCAUCCCGUAUCAGAACCCAGGAGGAUGUGCCUGGAGCUCCUCCCAGGAAGGUGGAGGUGGACACCCUCAACUCCACUGCUCUCAGGGUGACCUGGAAGCCUCCCCUGUUUGUGAAGCAGCAUGGCCAGAUCAGAGGCUACCAGCUGGUCUACUCCAGGCUAGAGAAUGGGGAGCCUCAUGGCCAGCCAGUCAUUGUGGACGUUUCACUCCCUGACGCACAGGAGACCAUUAUAAGAGGCCUGCUCCCAGAGACGACCUACUCAUUGACUGUGGCUGCAUAUACCACUAAGGGUGAUGGAGCUCGCAGCAAGGCUAAGGUGGUCACCACCACAGGAGCAGUACCUGGUAAGCCCACCAUGAUGAUCAGCACCACUAUAGGGAACACAGCCUUGAUCCAGUGGCAGCCUCCUAAAGAGAUGGUUGGGGAGCAUGUGGGAUACCAACUGCAGUACAAGAGAGUAGAGGAAGAAGCUUUCACCAUCAAAGACUUCAGAAAAAUAGAUGACCAUUUCACAGUCACCGGCCUCCACAAGGGCGCCACCUACAUCUUUAAACUGUGUGCCAAAAACCGAGCAGGUAAUGGGGAGGAAUAUGUGAAGGAGAUCAGCACUCCUGAAGACAUUCCCGGCAGCUACCCCCCAAAUCUGAGUGUGGUGGGGCUGACUGCCACCUCCACCCAACUGGCCUGGGACCCCCCUCCUCUGGCCGAGAGGAAUGGGAAAAUUGUGAAGUAUGUGGUGGUGUAUCGUGAUAUCAAUAGCCAGCACAAUAACACCAAUAGUACCACAGAAACACGGAUGACCGUCCAAGGUAUGCAGCCUGACACGACCUACGACAUCAGAGUCCAAGCUUUCACAAGUAAGGGGGGAGGUCCCAUUAGCCCCAGCAUCCAGAGCAGGACCAUGUCCACCUCCAUGCCAGACCUUCCCCCAGUAUUCACCAAGAACUUUGGCGUGAAGGCUGUGACGAAAACCUCUGUGCUGCUGACCUGGGAAGUGCCAGAAACAUACACAUCUCAAGUGCCUCUCAAGAUCUUGUACAACCAGAAGAGUGUGGAGGUCCAGGGGAACCUUAAGAGGAAGCUGAUCACUCAGCUUCAGCCAGAUACAGAUUACUCGUUUGUCCUGAUGAGUCGGGGGAACAGUGCCGGGGGUCUCCAACAGCAGGUCUCCAUCCGCACAGCUCCCGACCUCCUGAGGAUGAAACCUGCUCUGUACCAGCACGAUGUGGAAGAGGGUGGGAGAGUGACCGUCAGUCUACCCAGGGCCCCUGCUGGAGCCCCUGUCAGGUGGUACUACAUAGUGGUCGUCCCUGUCACCCCAGCUUCUCUGAGCAGAUGGGAGAGCCCUGAAGACAUGGACAUACAUGAGCUCCUGGAGACUGGUGCUGACAGCAAACUGCAGAGAAAGAGGAGACAGAGCCAGGACUUCCUGCAGCCCUACAUCACUGCCAAGCUUGACGUUCUGCCUGAGAUUUUUACUCUGGGUGAUGAGAAGAAAUACAAUGGCUACUACAACAAACCCCUCCCAGGCCAGCAGCAGUAUCGCUGCUUUGUUCUGGCUGACCUGAUGGACCAUGAGUCACAGAGGAUGUUUGCAGGGAGCCCAUUCUCCGAGCCCAUCAUGGUGAAGCUCCACAGUGGGAUGAGCCGACACACUGAGGACCCAGAGAUGCUGUGGGUAAUGGGUCCAGUCCUGGCUGUCAUUCUCAUCAUCAUCAUAGUCAUUGCUAUUCUACUCUUCAAAAGCAAACAAGAAAGGAAGAGAACGUCUCCAGCCAAGGAUGAGCACAUGGCAGGGGUCAAGGACUCACUGCUGGCCCAUUCCUCAGAUCCUGUGGAGAUGAGGAGACUCAACUACCAAACACAGGGUUCCAGUGCCCUCAGUUGUCCCAACACUCCAAGAAUGAGGGAACAUCCUCCAAUCCCUGUCUCUGACCUGGCAGACCACAUAGAGAGACUAAGGGGCAAUGACGGACUGCGCUUCUCUCAGGAAUAUGAGUCUAUUGAUCCAGGGCAGCAGUUCACCUGGGAGCACUCGAACCUGGAAGUUAACAAGCCAAAGAACCGCUAUGCAAAUGUGAUCGCUUAUGACCACUCCAGGGUCAUCCUCACACCUGUGGAUGGAGUUCCAGGUAGCGACUACGUUAAUGCCAAUUACAUUGAUGGCUACAGGAAGCAGAAUGCUUACAUCGCCACACAGGGGCCGCUGCCAGAGACACUGACUGAUUUCUGGAGGAUGGUGUGGGAGCAGAGAACCUGCACCAUUGUUAUGAUGACCCGUCUGGAAGAGAAGUCAAGGGUUAAGUGUGACCAGUAUUGGCCUAGUCGAGGCACAGAGACAUAUGGGAUGAUUCAGGUGACCAUGUUGGACACUGUGGAGUUGGCUACGUACAACGUACGUACAUUUGCCCUCUAUAAGAAUGGCUCGAGUGAGAAGAGAGAGGUCAGACAGUUCCAGUUCAUGGCAUGGCCUGACCAUGGAGUGCCUGAGUAUCCCACUCCAACGCUGGCCUUUCUACGCAGAGUCAAGGCCUGUAACCCUCCAGACGCUGGGCCAAUGGUGGUUCACUGCAGUGCUGGUGUUGGGAGGACAGGCUGCCUCAUUGUGAUUGAAGCCAUGCUGGAGAGGAUGAAACAUGAGAAGUCGGUGGACAUUUAUGGUCAUGUGACAUGUAUGCGAGCUCAGAGGAACUACAUGGUGCAGACAGAGGAGCAGUACAUAUUCAUCCACGAGGCCCUGCUAGAAGCUGCAACAUGUGGCAAUACAGAAGUCCCUGCACGCAACCUCUAUGCCCACAUCCAGAAGCUCACCCACAUCCCCCCUGGAGAGACUGUCACUGCCAUGGAACUGGAGUUCAAGAAACUGGCCAACUCAAAAGCACAUACCUCAAGAUUCAUCAGUGCCAACCUACCGUGUAACAAAUUCAAGACCCGCCUGGUGAACAUCAUGCCUUUUGAGACUACCCGCGUCUGCCUACAGCCAAUAAGAGGGGUGGAGGGCUCAGACUACAUCAACGCCAGCUUCAUUGAUGGAUACAGGCAGCAGAAAUCAUACAUGGCCACCCAGGGCCCGUUAGCCGAGACCACAGAAGACUUUUGGAGAAUGUUGUGGGAACACAACUCCACCAUUGUAGUCAUGCUCACCAAGCUCCGCGAGAUGGGACGGGAAAAGUGCCAUCAGUACUGGCCUGCCGAGCGUUCUGCACGCUACCAGUACUUUGUUGUGGACCCCAUGGCUGAGUACAACAUGCCUCAGUAUAUCCUGAGAGAGUUCAAAGUCACAGACGCCAGGGAUGGUCAGUCGAGGACCAUCAGACAGUUCCAGUUCACUGACUGGCCAGAGCAAGGAGUGCCAAAAACUGGGGAGGGAUUCAUUGACUUUAUAGGCCAGGUCCAUAAAACUAAGGAGCAGUUUGGACAAGACGGACCAAUUACUGUUCACUGCAGUGCUGGUGUUGGGCGGACCGGUGUGUUCAUCACCCUGAGCAUCGUCCUGGAGAGAAUGAGGUACGAGGGAGUGGUCGACCUCUUCCAGACUGUCAAGAUGCUCCGCACUCAGAGGCCAGCCAUGGUGCAGACAGAGGACCAGUACCAGCUGUGCUACCGGGCUGCUCUGGAGUACCUGGGAAGCUUUGAUCACUAUGCAACAUAACCCCACCCGGAAUGAACUGGUGUCUCAUCUGAGCCAUAUCCACUCAGCUCCAUCAGUCCCUUUGGCCUGAUGUGGAGGUUACAGAGGACUCUGUGUAUGUGCGUGCAUAUGUGCGUGUGUGUGUGUGUGUGUGUGUGUGUGUGUGUUAGGUGGGGGUGGGGGUGGGGCCAUGAAACAGGGGAGGAGAAGAGAGGGAGCCGGACAACCACCCCUUGGACUGGUACCAUGAUUCUGCCACAGACCCAACACCAAAACCUCUCAGAAACCAACCCUGAAUGACUCGUAUCCAUGCCUCAUUCUCCUAUCACUUCCUGAUCUGCCUCCUCCCAAUAGCAAAAAUAUUUUUCUGCUAUUAUCAUUUAUAUUCACUAUUACUAUGUUGUUAUUAAUAUUUAGAAUUUAUUUUGUAAUCACUUACACUGGUUAUUCUAUUUCUUAAUAGUUUUAUUAUUUUUGUUAGCACUAAAAACCUGUAUUUUCAAGAUGCUCAAAGUUAUUAACACUGGAGAGCGUAUACUCACAGCUGCUAACCAUUUUAUUUUCUACCAUAGAUAUGAUAGUCUAAUGUGAUCAUUACUCCAUUGGCCCUGUUUAGAGGAAAAUGUGACUUUGAAUUCCUGUCUUCAUGUCACAUCUAUAAUGGUGAUAAUUUGUCCGCUGUAGGGUGAAAUAAACUCUUGACGAUUCACAACUGAACAACUGCUGGUAGAAAUGCUCGAAUGACUUUCUCAGCCAUCAGAGAUCUGGAUAAAAAAGAAAUGUGAAGCUGUUGGAAAGGUUAUAUGCACAACUGUUUUCACAUCCUUUUUGUGAAAAGGAAAUGGGUAAGGUAGACUUGACCCACCCUUCUUUGUAUGGAAAAAAAAGAAUUUCCAACACCCCAAUUUAUGACAAGAUGUUUUCUAAUGAAAACAUUCAGCUAACAUUCAAUGCUAAAUCUAAGUCACUGUGGUUUAGAUGCUAAACCUUGAUACAUAAGGCCUACUCCGUUCUAUGUAUAUUUUCAUUUUUGUCAACUAAUCCUAAAACACAACCACCAGUGUCCAUCCUUCCAACUUUCUGAUGUCUAAAAUGCUUUCUGUGGCUCUCUGUACCAAGAUGUUCCUAUUGGCAAAAUAUCUUUUAAAUUUUUUAAUUAACAGCUUCACAUGGUUGAGAACAUUUUUUUUGUUUGAGACUAUUUUCAGCAAUAGAGUAAUUCACAUAUGGUGCUGUAGUUAAUAUUUGAGGCUGCAGGGCGGGUCAAUGAUGAGUCUAAAUAACUACAGUUUUCUACAGUUUUCAUGGUAAUGAAGAACAUCUCACCCAAUGCUACAGUGUGUCUCACUAAUAGUUUUUGGGAACAAUGAAGCCCUCAGGCUGAGAGGAGUAACAUUUUUCACCAGUUCACUGUUGGUUUGAGUCAGGACUUGUUGACACAUUUGGAAUAUCAUCCACAUUUGACUUAAAAUAAAUCCCCAAUUUUGUUGGAACAGAUUGAUGCCCGAAACUGAGAAUGUGCAUGUAUUUAAAACCAUUCCAGUUCUCAAAUUCAAAGUAUUAACAUUGAGUUCAAAAGAAAUAAAGAAUUUAAGCAUCAAUAUUAGAUAAUAUUAAAACCUCAAAAAUCAAUUCAACUAUGAAGGUCAAACUCAUCAAAAAUCACAAAAACACAUCCACCUUUAGAAGUAUCCCAGCCAAACAGAUUUUCUGGGCUCGAAUAAAUUCACAAAAUGUCCAUAUAUUGUGUUACACUUGUUGUUUAGUUAAUGGAGAAUGGAUGUUGCCCCAUUACAUCAUGGGCCAUAUGUCUGCACCAAACAAAACACAGAGAAGUGACUCUUAUUUCUGACUUGCCCACUCAUCUCAUGACUUUGCUUUUCUGUUUGCAUACAUGGUUUUACAGAAGAAUGACACAAGCAGUUCAGUGAAUCUCACUUCAUGUUAUAUUACAGCUCAUCUAUUUUAUCACUGUGUUGCAGACAGUCAAACAAGUAACUGCAUUGGUGAAUCUCUGUCUUUUACUGGAUGAGAUGACAAAGUCUGAGGGUUUGGGUUGAAGUGAAUUCAUGCAGAGGUCCUACAUGAUCUGUUUUCUAUUUGUUAAUAAAAAGCAGAAAAAUGUCUUGAAAAUGUUGUUGUUAAUAAAGUUGAAUA